AUGACCUCGACCUUGCCGCCGCUCGCACAAGCGACUUCUGGGUCCCUCGGCGCCGUCGUCUCGAACGCCCUCAUCUUCCCGCUCGACACCCUCACGACCCGCCUCCAGACGUCGAACAAGGGCAGCCGUCGCCCGGCCAAGGGCGGGUACAGCUCGAUCUCGGCCGCGCUCAAGACGAUCUACCGCACCGAGGGGCUCGCCGCCUUCUACUCUGGCCUCGGGCCCGACUCGCUGUCGACGCUCCUGUCGCAGUUCCUCUACUUCCUGUUCUACUCGGCACUGCGCGAUCGGUUCCAGGCCCGCAAGGCGCUCAAGACGUCGUCGACGCCGGGCAGCAAGGGCAAGAGCGCCAAGCCGCCCGUCCUCAGCGCCGUCGAGGAGCUCGCGAUCGGGUGCCUCGCCGGUGUCGUCGCCAAAGGCGCCGUGUCGCCAUUGUCGAUGAUCACGGUGCGGGCGCAGACGUCGAGCGAGCGGAGGCAGGACGUCGUCGGGGGCAAGGAGGGCGACAAGCGGCCGGUCGAGGACUCGGACAGCGACGACGACGAGGGAGGGUUCGGCAAGGCGCCGAGUGCGCUCGCGCUCGCCAAGGAGAUCUACAACGAGUCGGGCAUCGCGGGCUUCUGGAGCGGUUUCUCGAGCACGGUCAUCCUCACGAUCAACCCGGCCAUCACCUUCUACGCAUUUGCGACCCUCAAGCGUGCCCUGAUCCCGGCCAAGCACCGCGAGCACCCGACGCCGACUCAGACCUUCAUCUGCGGCGCGCUCGCAUCCGCCGUCGCGUCGGGCGUCACGUACCCGCUCAUCCUCGCCAAGACGCGGCUCCAAUUCAAGAGCCCGACGGGCCGGGCGCUGUACCGGUCGCAGGUCGACGUGUUCCGCAAGACGGUGAGGAAGCAGGGGCUCAAGGGCCUGUACCAGGGCGUCGAGUCUCAGCUCCUCAAGGGCUUCCUGUCCGAGGGAGUCAAGCUCGUCGUCAAGGACCGCAUCGAGCUCCUCAUCGUCCUCGCGCACCGCCUCCUCGUCGCUCGCGGCAAGGUUCCCGCCAACUCGUCCAUGUAG